CCGAAAGCGGCGGUGGCUGUCUGUCCCUGUGCGCGUCGGUUCGGUUCGGCUGUCACGACGUGGUGGGUGGCGGCGCGAGGCGGGCCGGCGGGACUGCAAGGCUGCGGCGCUCGGGAGGUCGAGCUUGGGACUUGCUUUGAGGUCACGCUGAUGAAAUAUGGAGUCACCUUUGAUAAAUUCACCUGGAUCAGAGAAAAGCUGCGUUGUUAGAGAAACAAAGAAAACAUGCCCAGAAGAACCCCACAGAUGCCAGCUCUGCACCUUGCACCUUCUCUAUAUAUUUUUAGCCCAUCAGGACUAAGGACUUAAACAUUAAAGAAGAUGAAUCAUUCAUCGUAUAUUUUUAGCAGUUAAAAUUAUUUUCAUCAAUGUGUAGAACUUAUAAAUUUUAAGAGUUAUAAAACCUGUAAGGCCUUGUUUAAAAUACCUUGCUUUUUAGCACGGAGAACUUCAACAUUUACCUUGAUUUAUCAAAGUCCUGAGAAAUGUAGACCAUCAGGGAAGAUAGGGACUUAGAAGCAUACAGUCUUAUUGUGGAUUACAGUGGGUUUAAGCAGACAACUCAAGACAUCACCCAUUUUGUCAUCCAAAGUAACACCGCAUAAGCUUACUGCUUAGCUUGAAUGCAAAAGAAGUUGCUUGAAAAUGGCCUGGGUAAAAUUCUUACGGAAGCCUGGUGGUAAUCUUGGAAAAGCCUAUCAGGCUGGAAGUUUGCUGUCCCUAGCCCCUACUGUCGGCUUAUUAAACGAACCAGGACAGAACAGCUGCUUUCUUAAUAGUGCUGUACAGGUUUUAUGGCAACUAGAUAUAUUCCGAAGAAGCUUGAGAGUUCUGACUGGACAUGUGUGUCAGGGCGAUGCCUGUAUAUUUUGUGCAUUGAAGACAAUAUUUGCCCAGUUUCAACACAGUCGAGAAAAAGCACUUCCCUCAGAUAACAUAAGGCAUGCUCUUGCAGAAAGCUUCAAAGAUGAGCAGAGGUUUCAGCUUGGCCUCAUGGACGAUGCUGCUGAGUGCUUUGAAAAUAUAUUGGCAAGGAUUCAUUUUCACCUGGUGCCAAGCCGGGAUGCAGACAUGUGCACAUCUAAAUCCUGUGUCACUCAUCAGAAGUUUGCCAUGACUCUGUAUGAACAGUGCGUGUGCCGCAGCUGUGGAGCGUCUUCAGACCCUCUGCCCUUCACAGAGUUCGUGCGGUACAUUUCUACAACGGCCCUGUGCAAUGAAGUUGACAGAAUGAUGGAAAGGCAUGAGCGAUUUAAACCAGAGAUGUUUGCGGAAUUGCUGCAAGCAGCGAAUACAGCAGAUGACUAUCGGAAGUGUCCUAGUAACUGUGGCCAAAAAAUAAAAAUUCGCCGUGUUUUAAUGAAUUGCCCGGAGAUUGUUACCAUUGGACUAGUCUGGGAUUCUGAGCACUCUGACUUAACUGAAGAUGUUGUUCGAAGCCUAGCCACACAUCUCUACCUUCCUGGGCUUUUUUAUAGGGUGACUGAUGAAAAUGCCACAGACAGCGAGCUUCACCUUGUUGGGAUGAUCUGUUACACCAGCCGACACUACUGUGCCUUUGCUUUUCAUACCAAGAGCGCCAAGUGGGUGUUCUUUGACGAUGCACACGUGAAGGAGAUUGGAAGUAGAUGGAAAGAUGUAGUCUCCAAGUGCAUACGAUGCCACUUACAGCCACUUCUGCUGUUUUACGCAAACCCAGAUGGCACAGCAGUCUCGACUGAGGAUGCACUCAGGCAGGUUGUCCACUGGUCACAUUACAAAUCGGUUGCAGAAAAUAUGGGAUGUGGAAAGCCUAUCAGUUACAAACCAGAUAACGCAAAGGAAAACGGAUUUAGUGGUCAGGCUAAACAAAGAGAAAAUCACAAACUUCAAACUGAUACGUCAUCAUUUAAUCGGACGCAAAUGCAGACAAGCGGAAGGCGAGGACCAGUUAAGUUAAGCAAUGAUCAAAGAGAAAAGAUAAAAGAUAUUUCCCGAGAAUGUGCUCUCAAAGCCAUUGAACAGAAAAAUGCACUUUCUUCUCAACGGAAAGAUUUGGAAAAGGGACAAAGGAAAGACACAGGCCGGCACAGGGAUUUGGUUGAUGAAGACGUCUCACCUCUCAAAUCUGGAUCACCUCCUGCCCUGGAUGGCUCUAGACAACAGGGCAGCCCCCAUCUCUACCAUAGCCAAGGCAAAGGACCUUGCAAACAUGACCGAGCUGCCCAUGAGAGCCACACUUCUGGGAAACUGUUCAGCUCAAGCAAACCCCAGAAUCUUCUUGUUCCUGGAGAGAGAACAACAGGCAAGGCUAGGAGUGACAGUGGCACUGGAUAUGAUACCGACAGCAGUCAAGAUUCAAGGGACAAAGGAAGCAGCUGCAGUAGCAGGACUAAAAACCGCCACCGUGCCUGGAAACCUAUGAGAGAAACAUUAAAUGUUGAUAGUGUUUUUAGUGAAAGUGAAAAAAGGCAGCAUAGUCCUAGGCAUAAGUCAGAUGUCAGUAGCAGACCUAAAUAUAGCAAGGAUCAGAGUUUCACGAACUGGCCAAAAGCAAACCUAAAGCAGAAGGGGUUAAUGACCAUCUACGAAGAUGAAAUGAAGCAGGAAACAGGAAGCCGAAGUUCCCUGGAAACUAAUGGGAAAGGAACAGAGAAAAAUACAAGCCCCACAGAGAGCAGAGGUCCUGGUAACAGCUGGCAGGUGCAAAGGACAGAGUCUGGGUAUGAAAGCAGCGAUCAUGUCAGUAAUGGAUCUGCUAAUUUGGACUCACCUGGUACUGAUGGAAGUGGGACAGUAAUGGAGACCGCUGCUGUUAAAGCCUUCAGUGAACAGAUUAAGAUGAGCAGUCUAAAUAUGAACAGUGUGGAGUGUAUAUCUCAUCAGAGCAAAGACCACUUAGAAGGUUUUAGGAAAAAAACCCAGGACUUGGAAGCAGGUGAUAAAUGUCAUGAGCUCCACCCAGAAUCACAUCUGCAAAUAAAAAGCCAUUUCAUAAAAAGGUCACAUAUCGGCGAAACCAGUGAUAAGUUUUUCCCUUCAGCCAGCCCACAGAUACUUAAGGACCAUAGUGCAAGAGAUCAUGUCUACCAGACCAAUGAGCAAAAAAUGGGAAACUCUGAUGGGACCAAGUUUUCUGAGUGGCAUGAAGUAGAAAAUUCUGAAGGAACAGGUUUGCCAUUUCACACUAAUGAUAGUUCUGUGCCCGGAACCAGAGUCAGCAGGAAAGAAACGGUCUCACCGUCGUCAUUGUGGUCACACGGGAGAACUGCUGAGCAGUGUUACUCUGAGAACUCCCUAUCCAGAGGACACACACUGCAGUCAGCCUGCAACACUGACAGCUGUCAGGUGCCAAAACCCCACUGCCGUAGCUCACCACCCCCUUUGCCGCCAAAGAAAUAUUCUGCGCCCAGUGUGCCACAGUUAGAGAGAGCGGAAUUUAUACCUGAUACCAGACUUACAGAGGUAUUCAAAGUUAAUUCCUCCAAUCUUCCAAAACACAGUUUGAGUACUGCAUCAGGACCAAGCUCCGAAGGGAGUGCGCACAUGAUCCACAAAAGCGACAAAGAUGCUGUCCAAGGGAGGCAGCACACCGCCCACAACUACCCGUCCAGUUGUGCAGCUCACGAUUCUCAGGCAGACUCAGAAGCAGCACCUGACGCACCGUGCCAACCACAUCAACACUCCAGUUCUGUGUGCCCAAAUGAAGCAAUUUCACUAACGACCUAUUUCUCAGUUGAUAGUUGCAUGACUGAUACAUACAGAUUGAAAUAUCAUCAGAGACCCAAGCUCUGUUUCCCAGAGAGCAGUGGCCGUUGUAAUAAUUCGCUGUCUCAGACUGAGCACAUAGAAGGAUCUAUUACAUAGUGGUAUCUUGGUUCCCGCUGCCCUUCUAAACAAGGAUAUAAAACCCUGGUGUCCAUUGUAAGAUAAAUGAGCCAGCCUUUAAAUAUACAAACUAACCAAACCUAAUGAUAUAUAAAACAGAAACUGGUAUUGAAAAUUAUUAACCAGGUUAACCUUACAUAGUUUAUGAUGAUGAAUUUGCCAAGUAUUUUAGAAAUUUCCUUGGAGUGGUCAUGGUAUACCUUUAAAAGUAAGAAAGGUAAAAUUCAUUUGCUGUAUAUAACCGAUGAGCAAACGCCAUGCCUCCCUCCUGUAAUUUGGCUAGUGAACAUGUAUUAUCCUAGCCUGUAUGCCUCCCUCCUGUGAUUUGGCAGAUAGACAUGGAUUAUACUAGCCUGUAUUAAUGUGUGGGUUGGUCCAUUUUGCUAAUUAAGAGAUGCCGUUUGUAUAGCGAAAGCAGUAUUUGCUUUUUGCAGAGCACUUUCUAGUGGGUGACCCAAAGAUGGCUAUCCCCACAUGCUUUUGACUUCUGUGAUAGUCUAGUACGUGGGCUCCUUCAAGUGUCUUAAAAACACCCAUGGAUUUGUUAAGUUAUCAUCUGGAAAGCAUUUGCCUUAAUGAUCAACAUUUUUAAAUCAAAAUCUCAAGGCCAUAUAAAACUUAUUUUGUUCUACAACUUUUCAGAAUAUCUACUUAACAUAAAUUAGCCUUUAUAAUUUGUACUAAAAACAUUUGCAUCAUGUAAGUUAAAAGUAAGAAUAUUGCAGUAUAUUCUUUAUCUUGUUAAAUUGUUUUCUAGCUCUGUAUGAAAUGUGAAAGGCCUUCCCUUUGGUUUGAUUUACUUUGGGCUGCUAAUAACCAGUGUUACAAAUUAGCAUUGGGCUUUCUUAUUGGGACUGUGGCUGUAAUUGCUGCUUUGGUGACUUACAAAUUGCUAAAGAUUGUCAAUGCUUAGGUUAAAUUUUUGCCUUUAUAUAAAGGUUUAAUCUUGAUGAAAUCUUAUUCUUUUUUUUCUUCAAUAGUAAUUUUAUCUCCACUUCCAUCAUGGAGUGGAGUUUAUAUUGAAAGGAAUCUUUAUUCCUAUGUUGAAAGUAAGUUAAUUGAAUUGCUUUAAUUGGUUAUGAUUUUAUUUUGGAACAGGCCAAUAAACUAAUUGGGCUUUAGAAGAGUUUCCUAACGCCUGCCCCAGAGAAUUGAGAACUACAAAAUUAGUUGUCUUUAUAAUAUCUCUAAGUGGGUAAAUUUUGUAAUCAUUACUUUAAAACUCAGUAAACUGAUAAAAUCAAUAGCUUGAUGAGUACCAUAAAUUGUUAAAAUCCAAAGUGUAUUUAAGUACUUUUAGAUAAACUGAAAAUUGCUUAUAAGUCUGAAUUCACACUGUUAAUCAAUUCUUGGCCAAAUCUUGUUCUUGUUUUUUUCCAGCUGUCUAGUUGGUGGUCGUUACUUUGUAUUCUCUUAAACACUUGAAUAGCAAAUUGAAAUUGAUCCUUAAAGCUUAUUUUUUAACAGCUUUUAGUAUGAAGAGUUUGUAUAUAAUGUAAAGUUUGUAAAAUUGUAUUUGAAAUGUCAAUGUUUAUAAUUCUUGCUUUUAUAACAUUGUAAAAUACUAGAAAAGAGCUUCCGUUAUUUUUAAUAGCUUAUAAAAGAUUUUUAAGUUUAAAAAUUUUUUCUAUUUGGUCCAUAUUUCCUGUUGGGAAUGUAUUAUUUGAAACAUUAAACUAAUUUCUGUAUUUUACAGCAGUUUCAUAGAUACACCCUUUCAACUCAGUUGAGUUUGCAAGCAGAAAUAUUGUUUCUCACUUUAAUGCACUACUCAGUUAAAACUCUCUGCAUUCUCUAAUACUGACUGAAGUAGAAACUAGCCAUUUGUUGAUUCAACACAGAAUAAAUUUCACUACAUAUUGGCCAAUUGUAUAAAUUUCUUCUCCUCUGGUGCCUAUUUUUAUCAAUGUUUCUGUUAUAAGCUUCUAAGUUCUCAAAUAAUGCAAUCAUGUUUCAAAUAGUUAUCUCCAGAAUAUUGUAUUUUCAUGUGAAAUGAAUUUCUUCUGGCUCAAAAAAAAAAUUAAGAGACUCAUUUUUAAGCUAAUAUAGCUGGUCUUUUUUUGCACUUAUGAACUGUGUCCCCUUCCACACAUUACAUAUUCUAUGGGAAAUUGUUAAAAAAAAAUAAAGAUCAUAAAAUAUUAGCCCAGGAUGUUUCUAAGAUUUAAAUCCCAGCAAAGUCUGAAGCACAACUCCUAGAGAAAGUGGCAGCUGUUCUCUAGAGGGCAAGAUAUAAAUGAUUUGGACUAUGGGCAGCAGAUCUCUGUAACAGUCACAUAGCUUUCUGGUUUAGAAGCAGCCAUAAACAACUGGUAAUGGAUGAGUGUGGCUGUUUUUCAAUAAAACCUUGUCGGCA